AAGUGGUUGCGAGCACAGUAUCAAGCAAGUCGCAACGUGUGUUGCACAGUGUCCGUAUAUAAACUGCAUAUAACGAUACGUUCUGAAUCUACAAUUGGAAAUAUUCAGUUCAACUUAUUCUCAAUGGAUAAUAGCUUUUCUCAGUGGCGAGAGGGCAAUGUUUCUUCAUCCAAAAACAAAUUGCCACUCGAUUCUUUUGAGGUUCCGGACAGCGACGAUGAAGGCAAUGUCACGAACAGCAGCAACGCACAAGGACAUUGUGUACUUGAAUCAAGCGACGACGACACAAACGGUCUCGAAGACUCAAGGUCGUCCACGGAAGCCAGGAAUAAGAAUAGACGUAACGCACAUCGUUUGACUAACAGUGCAGAUUGUUCAAUCACAUCCAGUGAAAAUGACCCCCAGAUCUCCAGCGAAGUACUCGAUGAAAGUAGUUCGGACUCAGACAUACCAAUUUAUACGAAGAAGCGUGGCGCAAAAAAAAUACUUGACGAUACCUACGAAGAAAUAGCAGACUCGUCUGAAACACAAGGCAAACAGAUUCGGCCUAUUUCCGUGACUCCUGACAGCUCUUAUACGGAAACGAGCCCUUCAAGUGUAAACCACUCUGAUCGUGAUGAUAGUGUGUCUUUACUUGAAGAAGACGAUUAUUUAUUACUGUCAUCUAAAGCUGAUGCAAAGAAGAACAGCAAAUCUGAAUUUAAUGAGAGUGGCCGUUUGCCAUCCGUUCCAUCCGUUGAAUUAAACAAAAACACAGUUGCACACUUGGAGCAGAAAGAAUUUGGUAAGGCUUGGCCUGAAGAUAAAGAUGAAGAUGAAAAUUAUAUAAGUAUUUCCGAUGUCUCAAACACCACUGACACAUCUAAUAAUACGGAUGUUCACGAUGUCAACCUCGUAUCUAAUUCAAGUGCCAGCAGCUUGUCUGCAUUAAAUUCUAAUUCGGAGAAUGUUGCCACAGUUCUUUCUCUUAUUAAAAAUGAGGUUGGUGUAGGCAACAUUGAUCCCUUUGUUGCACAAAAGCGAGCCAUACUGACUUGUAAUAUAGAAAAGGUUCAGAGUCAAUUGGCAAAAUCAAAGCUGGUGCUUCAUACCUUGAACAUCGAUCUGCUCCCAGAUAAAGGUGAAAAAUUGCGACGGAGUAUUGAUAAGGAUGAAGCACAACUCCAAAAGUUGUCAGAAGAAUUGGAAUCUCUUCCAAAGAUAGGCACACCCAAGCCCUCCAAACCAGCACAAGGAUUCCUUUCUUCUUUUCCACAUUCGGUCAAAAACCUUGUCGAUCCAAUGGAAGUUAAACCACUUGGCCAAAAAGCUCUUGCAACGCAAGAAAGAGAACAAUCUUUAACUGUAGAGAGGCUGGCAGAUCUUCAUGGAUCAUUGAAUGCUCGUCCAAGUGAAGAUGAGCGAGCUCAAGAUCCAAAAGGUCUAAAAAUUUCCUUGAUGCCGCAUCAACAACACGCUCUCGCAUGGCUUCUUUGGAGAGAAAAGCAAAAACCCCCUGGUGGAAUUUUAGCUGAUGAUAUGGGUCUGGGUAAAACCCUGACAAUGAUUUCUCUGAUUAUAUCAACUUUAACGGAUGUAGAUUCACGUGAUGAUAAUGAAGACGAUGAUGACAUGUGGCUACAACGUAAAAAGACCAUUCAACCUAAUGGUGGUACUUUGGUGGUGUGCCCUGCCUCGCUUCUUUCUCAAUGGGAAAGUGAAAUAAAAAAACGUGUCAAACGAGGUAUACUAUCAGUUGAAUUGUAUCAUGGAAUUAACAGAGAAAAUGUACCAAGACGUUUGGCCAGGAACGAUGUAGUUAUCACUACUUAUAAUUUAAUUAGCAGAGAUUAUAAGGUCAACGCUACGUCCAUCCUCUACAAGAUCAAUUGGAAAAGAAUUAUUCUCGAUGAGGCUCACAUAGUACGUAAUCAUAAAAGCCAGGCAUCAGAAGCGGUAUGCAAUCUCUGCGGGCGCUAUCGUUGGGCUUUGACUGGUACACCUAUACAAAACAAGGAAUUAGAUCUUUAUGCUCUUUUGAAGUUCCUAAAAUGUUCACCAUUCGAUGACCUACGUGUUUGGAAGCGGUGGGUGGAUAACAAGAAUGCUGCUGGGCAGGAAAGACUAGCUACUGUGAUGAAAACUCUGAUGCUACGCAGAACUAAAGUUGAAUUACAGGCUAAAGGUGGCCUUGGAUCUUUGCCAGAUAAAAAUCUGGAAGAAAUUUGCAUUAAACUGGAUCCUGAGGAGCAGUUGGUGUAUGAGAAAGUUUUGGUAUUUUCACGUACCCUCUUUGCACAGUUUUUGCAUCAGAGAGCUGAGAAAAAUCACAUGUAUGAAUUGCAUUCAGGAAAGUUUGAUGCCCCAUCAUUUCUUAAAAUGCCGAAGGAUACACAAUUCACAAAAGUACAAAAUGAGCUGUUGGCAAGACAUGCAGAUGUCAAAGCUCAUGAGAUUUUAGUUCUCCUAUUAAGAUUAAGGCAGAUCUGCUGUCACCCUGCGCUGAUACACGCCAUGUUGGAUCAAGAGGACCUGACAGCAAACGAUAUUGCUGAUGAAAAACCUGAAAGUAAUGAUGUAAUGUCUAGACUUGGAAGUUUAAGACUCGAGGAUGAUGAAAAUAUUGAUCCCAAUGAGAUUGGCGUCGAUCGGAGAGUGGUGGAAAACUUACUCACCACAAACAAUCCCGUUUUUAAUCCGGCACGACAAAGCUCCAAAUUGAGAGCCGUACUUCAUACAAUACAAGAAAUACUGGAUAAAGGUGAUAAGAUGAUAGUAGUAUCACAAUGGACCAGUAUGCUGGAAGUUGUAAGGUCUCAACUCAAAACCCUAAAUGGAGCAACUUAUGAUAUCCUGUCUGGAAAAAUUCCUGUCAAAAGUCGUCAGCACAUAGUGGAGUCUUUCAACAAAAUUGGCUCAGCACCGCAAAUACUAUUACUAUCGCUUACUGCAGGUGGAGUAGGCUUAAAUUUGGUUGGCGCUAAUCACUUACUUUUGCUUGAUAUCCAUUGGAAUCCGCAAUUGGAAGCACAAGCCCAGGAUCGAAUUUAUAGAGUUGGCCAAACGAAAAGCGUUCACAUUUACAAAUUUAUGUGUCUAGAGACAGUAGAGCAGAGGAUCAAAGCACUGCAAGAUAAGAAGCUAGAUAUAGCAAACGGAGUUUUGACAGGAGCAGGCACCGCAGCUGCCUCCAAGUUAUCGAUGGAUGACCUGAAAUCUUUGUUUAGCUUGUAAAACUGUUAUUUUGUCAAAUCCCCGCGCUGUCUAUCCUCACAUAUGUAAUUCUACAGAAAGUCGAACGAACGGUUAUUCUAAUAUGCAUCUAUUCGCUGGAAGCCAAAGUUGCGGAGUACGACUGAAGGAAAAAAUACGCCCUAUUUUAUAAUUUGAGGAAUUUUAGACCAACCUAUUUUACAUGUGAAUAUAUUUAUGUACGUAUGUGUAUAAUUAGUUAUAAGUGUAUUCGUAAAAUCUUUUAACAUAUGUUGUUGUUUCAAAGCAUUUCUA